UUCAACAGCCGUCUGGGAAAAACCAAUGGCGGCCCUCUCGGCAAUGGUGCGCUGCCUUUGGCUUGGCAUUUUGCUCAGGGGAGCAGAUGCAUACACUGCGCGUAAGCCAAGCAUCGCAGGGAAGAGCGUUUAUUUCCUGGUCACCGACCGCUUUGCCCGUAGUGGAGCCAACAAGGAGAAUUACACGUAUUGCGAUUUGGCGACCAGUGCCGACCCGCUUCAGCCGGGUGGAGGAGCUUGGUGCAAUGGCACCUUGCAAGGAGUCAUUGAUCAGCUGGACUAUAUCCAGGGCAUGGCCUUCGAUUGUGUUUGGAUCACGCCCGUGGUGAAGGCCUUAGAUUACACAGGCUAUUUUGGAGAGGACUUUUUUGAUGUGGAUCCUCACAUUGGGAGCAAGGAGACCUUGAAGGAACUCUCCAGGCAGCUCCACGCGCGAGACAUGUGCUUGAUCAUUGACAUUGUGGCGAACCAUGUGCGGCAGAUGACCGUCCAGCCAGACUAUUCUCCUGGAGCCAUUAAGACCUAUAUCGGCCCCAAAGGGAUUAACCCUUUUGACAAAGAUGAGUACUUCCACACCUAUGGCAAGGCCGCGGGCACGUCCUUCGAAGCAUAUGUCAUGGCGGGCGUGGCGCAGGCCUCUCAAAGUCAGGGCAGCGAUGCCGUCCUCACGGAGCGAGUACAUGAGGGCAUCACCGAUUGUGGACCUGAAAACAUGAACCUCACCGAGUGCAACUGCUUUCCGGGCAACUUCGCCCCCGACUGUCCGGGGGCCAAUGAAGAGUUGCAGGUGCAAGGUUGGUUUGGGCAACUGGCGGAUUUGAAUCAGGAUCACCCUUUCGUUCGCCAGAAGCUCUUGGACUAUGUGAAGUACCUGGUAGAGGAAUAUGACGCAGAUGCUUUUCGCCUGGACACCGCCAUCUACAUGAAGAAGGACUUCCUGAAGGAUUUACAGGAGGCGGCAGGCGUGGAUAUUCUAGGAGAGACCACCGUGAAUAACAUCAGUUACCACGCGAGUUUCCAGAAAGCUGGAUUGUCGGGGCUCUUGAACUUUCCAGCCUUCUACCAGGUGCACGGAAGCUUUUGCCAAUACCAUUUGGGAGGUGACCUGGGCAACUAUCACUUGCAGGGAGCCUUCACACCGGCGCUGCCGGACUUGCGGAAGUUGGCCUCCGUGAUGCAAUUUCAAAACCCCGAGGUCUACCCGAACUUAGACUUGUUGGGGAACUUUGCAGACAAUCACGAUGAGUUCGCUCGGAUUGGCUACUACUGUGAUGCCGACUCCUAUCGCAUCAAGAACGCCCUAGCGCUCAUGAUGUUUGCCCGGGGCAUUCCUAUUGUCUACUAUGGCACCGAGCAGGGCUUGGACGGGCAUCAGGCCAAUGUGCUGGAGAAGGACGCCAUGCGAAAGCAAGGAGUGGAAGACAAGGGUCAAGCCUUUGUGAGGGAAUCUCUGUGGCAGACCCGGUACAACACCUCCACCUGGCAAUAUCAGUACAUCAAGAUGCUCAAUGAGAAGCGAAAGGAGUUGGGUUUGGCCAAGGGCGACAUCGAUGCCGAACUUGUGUCCGCUUCGAACAAUCACCUCAUUUUCAUUCGCAAUCACCCACAAGGUGAAAUUUGGGUGUUCAUCAACAACAACCAGAACUGGACUGGCCAAUCUCCAUUCCUCUAUUGCCCAGCGCCCAGCGAACACGAGGCCUGGUAUGAUGUCUUUUCCGAAGAGCGUGCCUACUUGCGCAAAGGCUGCUUCAUGGCCGACAACGCCGAGCCCAAAGUGCUGGUCCGCCGCGUGCGGAUGCCGGCGGUCUAUGCCGUGGAGCGCAUCAGCGAGCAGGUUUGGAUCCUGUCCUGGCCUAAGGAGUCCGGACCUUCUUAACCUCCGUCCUCCGUGGGUCUUCAUUUUUCUACUCGUUGCGUCCAACGUCCUCCUCUUGGCCUACGCGUGUCGACAUCGUCUCAACUUCAGCCGCUUCAAAGUCCUAGCGGAGGAUGACGACACAUCAGACAGUGACAAGUGCUAGCAGGACACGGAGCGGUCAACUCAACCAAAAUGCCUGGGUCCGCCAGAGGCAUGGUAUACUAUGACGCAGGUCAGUGUCGGAGAUUUCCGUACUGGAAAGCUCGACUUACAUGAUUCGAGAACGGAACAUGGGAAGCACAUGGAAG